AUGACAGAAUUUGGAUUCCAUACAACUUCCGACGAGGCCGCCGCGGCUCUCAAGGAUGCCAUUGCUGGAAAGACCAUCCUUGUAACUGGCGUCAGUCCCAACUCUUUAGGCUCCGACACGGCUCGAGCCAUCCUCGCUCAAAAGCCCGCCAAACUCCUCAUCGCCAGUCGAGCAGCCGACAAACUGCAAGAUGUAAUCAAGUCCCUGGAUAUCCCUCAAGGCUCCAUAGUACAGCCCAUUGUUCUCGAUCUCUCCUCGUUGGAGGCUACCCGCAAGGCUGCCGCUGAGGUGAUCAACUCUGUUACAGUUCUCGACGCCAUGAUAUGCACCGCUGGCGUCAUGGCCGUGCCGUCUUUCGAGAAGUCCAAAGACGGUAUCGAGAUGCAAUUCGCCGUUAACCACCUCGGCCACUUUCUCUUCAUCAACUUAUUGAUGGAGAAGCUGCUCGCCUCGGAGCUGCGCACCGUUGUGACCUAUUCAAGUGAAGCGCAAUCACGCGCUAAUCUAUCCUUCUUGGACGACCUGUCGUACAAUGAGGGUAAGGAGUAUGAGAAGUGGACGGCUUACAGCAACUCCAAGGCCUGCGAUGUGCUCUUGUCAGUUGGCUUGGUACAGCACUUUGGUCAACGAGGAUUGCGCUCCUUCAGCGUUGAUCCUGGUGUUAUUGUUACCACAGGCCUGACGAGAAGUGUUCCCAUGGAAGAUUUCAAGGCACUAGGCUGGAUCGACGACAAUGGCAACCUUAAUUCGGCUAUCAAGGCCAAGAGUUUGGCAGAGGGAUCCUCGGCAGGAAUCAUUGCCGCUUUCGAUUCUCGAUUGUCUAACGAGGACGGUUAUUAUUUGGCCGACGGAGUCUUGACCCGAGAGGCCCUAUUGCCUGGGGCUGUCGACUCUGCAGAGGCAGAAAAGCUCUGGCGCAUUAGUGAAGCCUUGACAAAGCAGGCGGUUUAA